CUGCUCGUUGCUCCUGUCAUCGAGGCCCUGGCCCAAUGACAGGCUGAGUCCCCCUCCUCCGACCUGGUCCCGCCUCUCCUGCCCCUUGUGCUCGGCGCUACCUGCUGCCCCGACACAUCCAGAGUAGGGAGGACGGUGCGCAGGCGGGCAGCGGGCACCAUGCAGGGAGGCUGCCAGGGGCUGUGGGCAGCGCCGCUCUCUGCUGCCCACCUGGCGCUGUGAGACUGGCGCUGCCACCAUGUUCCCUAGCCCUGCGCUCACGCCCACGCCCUUCUCAGUCAAAGACAUCCUGAACCUGGAGCAGCAGCAACGCAGCCUGGCCGCCGCCGGGGAGCUCUCUGCGCGCCUGGAGGCCACCCUGGCGCCCGCCUCCUGCAUGCUGGCCGCCUUCAAGCCCGAGGCCUACGCGGGGCCAGAGGCGGCGGCGCCCGGCCUCCCGGAGCUGCGAGCAGAGCUGGGCCCGGCGCCUUCACCGGCCAAGUGCUCGCCUGCCUUUCCUGCCGCCCCCACCUUCUACCCGCGUGCCUAUGGCGACCCCGACCCGACCAAGGACCCUCGAGCUGAUAAGAAAGAGCUGUGCGCGCUGCAGAAAGCGGUAGAGCUGGAGAAGCCGGAGACCGACGGCGCGGAGCGGCCCCGCGCGCGACGGCGGAGGAAGCCGCGCGUGCUCUUCUCGCAGGCGCAGGUAUACGAGCUCGAGCGGCGCUUCAAGCAGCAGCGGUACCUGUCGGCUCCCGAACGCGAUCAGCUGGCUAGCGUGCUGAAGCUCACGUCCACGCAGGUCAAGAUCUGGUUCCAGAACCGGCGCUACAAGUGCAAGCGGCAGCGGCAGGACCAGACUCUGGAGCUGGUGGGGCUGCCCCCGCCGCCCCCGCCGCCUGCUCGCAGGAUCGCGGUGCCAGUGCUGGUGCGCGACGGCAAGCCAUGCCUAGGGGACUCGGCGCCCUACGCGCCCGCCUACGGCGUGGGCCUCAACGCCUACGGGUAUAACGCCUACCCCGCCUACCCAGGUUACGGUGGCGCGACCUGCAGCCCUGGCUACAGCUGCGCUGCCGCUUACCCCGCCGGGCCUCCCCCGGCGCAGCCGACCACGGCGGCCGCCAACAACAACUUCGUGAACUUCGGCGUCGGGGACUUGAAUGCGGUGCAGAGCCCCGGGAUUCCGCAGGGCAACUCCGGAGUGUCCACGCUGCACGGUAUCAGAGCCUGGUAGGGAAGGGACUCGCCUGGAGCUCCCCUCACCGAUCUCACCUCGAGAGAGGGGCACUGACUCGAGGGGGGAGGAAGGGCUCCCAACACGACCUUGCAUCCCUGGGAUUUCACAUUCACUCCUGCAGAGGCCUCGGAACUUUUCCCCGCCCCGUUCGCCUUUGUUCCCGAGCGCAGGAGAGUUUGUGGCCGUGUUUACUCAGCCUGUGGUGAGUGAUCUGGCAGCCAGGUGUUUUAGUCGCCCCCCUCCCCAGGGCCCUCCAGAGCAUCCGUGGGCACCCCCGGCUGACCCAACACCAGCCAGUUGCAACUGAGAACCCGGGCACGCGGGGCCCAAGAUCUGGCCGCCCUUCCCAAGCCUGGGCCAGGCGCCCGGGCUCUUGCUGCCCUGCCAUUGCCCGCCCGCCCACCCACCCGUAUUUAUGUUUUUACCUGUUACUGUAAGAAAUGAGGAUCCCUUUCCCAUUAAAGAGUGCGCUGA